AUGACAAAUUUGUGGGAUCAAUUGGCUCUCACAGAAUCUGCUAAAUUACGAGCCUUUGGGGCUUACAUUGCACGAAGAGAGGAGCGGAGAUUGGUACAAUUUUUAAUGGCUCUUCAUGAUGAGUUUGAGGGACUUCACAGGUCUAUUUUGCAUCGUCAUCCACUGCCUUCUGUUGACUCUGUUGUUAGUAAGCUUUUGGUUGAAGAAAUUCGUCUGAAGCCUUUGGUUGUAGAAGAGGUUUUUUCAGCUUCUACUCCAUCUGUUUUUGCCAUGCCUCCUCGAUCAAAUUUUAAAUCUCACUUCAGACCAUAUGGAUCUGUUGCUCAUGAUAAAUGCGGGUUCUGUUUGCCAUCUAGUCCUUCAGGUAUAUCCCCUUCCUCCUGGAUUUUAGAUUCUGGUGCCUCAAACCAUAUGUCACCUAAUUUGUCAUCAUUUACCUCCCUAACCCCUAAAGUUUCAGUUCCUAUUACGAGUGCUAGUGGUACACCUAUGCCAUUGCAAGGUGUUGGUUCGGUUAUUACGCUUUCUUUGUCUUUAUCUAAUGUCUAUCACAUUCCUAGUCUUGCUUUGAAUCUUGCUUCUGUUGGUCAGAUAUGUGAUACUGGAUGUUCAGGAUCCAAAUUCUCAGGAGGAGCUUUAGGAAAUUUGAAAACUCAUGAUAUUUCUGAUUGCAGUGGUUAUAAACUAGCAAAGUUUACUGCAUUGCCUUUUCCUAAAAGCAUUAUUAUAUAUGUUGCUCCUUUUUAUCUUAUUCAUUCUGAUGUAUGGGGACCCUCUCCUGUUUCUACAAAAAGGGGUUCUCGUUAUUAUGUAUCUUUUAUUGAUGAUUGCACCCGUUAUUGUUGGGUUUAUCUUAUGAAAUGUCGUUCAGACUUUUUUGGCAUUUAUAAUAAAUUUCGAUCUCUUGUGAAAACCCAUUAUUCAGCUGUUAUUAAAUGUUUUAGAUAUGAUUUUGGGGGAGAGUAUACUUCUCAUGCUUUUAAGGAUCUUCUUGCUUUAGAUGGUACACUUUACUAA